UCUUAAUCUUACACGGACAUUCACGAAAAAUAGUCCAAUCCGACCCAACCAUUUUUCGGAUUUUCAUGAUUCCCUCAUUAUUAGUAUUAUCAUCAUCCAGCUCACACGAUCACCGCUCGAUCCCCACGCGCCACCGUACCGGCGGUUCGUGAUCUUGUUUGACAGCUCCUAGCUCUAAGAUCGAAAGCUUUUUCUUGAUGGCGAUAGUUGAAGUACCUGGGCUAUUCAAAGAGCGAAAAUACCCCUUCAUUGCUAGCGUAGUCUUCGUCAUCUCACUUUUUGCGGCCUUUCUCCUCUUCUCCAGCUCCCAAUCCUCUGCCUUCCGAUCUUACGCCGGUGUAAAUGUAAUCACUCAGUCUCCGCCUCAGCAAGAAAACGCCGGUUCGUUAAAAAACUCCACUACUAGUCCUUCCGGCGAUGAUGCACCGGAAACAACAUUUACUUGGAAAUUAUGUGAGGGUCCAGGAAUGAUUGAUUUCAUCCCCUGUUUGGAUAAUUGGAAGGCUAUGAAAGCCUAUAGAAAAUUGGAACGUAAAGAGAGGCAUUGCCCUACGGAGCCGAGCUCCAGGUGUUUGAUUCCGUUGCCGCCAGGGUACAAGAUGCCGAUUCCGUGGCCUAAGAGCAGGGACAUGGUGAGCUUGAUACCCCCUACUCUUCUUUAGUGAUAUGGUAUGAUAACGUUCCCCAUCCUAAGCUGGUCGAAUAUAAGAAAGAUCAGCAUUGGGUGGUGAAAUCUGGUGAAUAUCUGAUUUUUCCUGGUGGGGGUACGCAAUUCAAGGAAGGUGUAGGUCACUACAUUGAAGCCAUUGAAAAGGUGCUCUUUACCUGUAAUACAAUCUUUGUUUUUCAUUACUUUGUCUCAGUUAGUAUCUUGUUCUGUACAUUGAUUAUAUGUGGGGUGUAGAUACUUACCUCCAUUCAUUGCACUUUGAAAAAAUUCUGUUUUACUGUGGAAGCAACUUCAGGAUGAUUUUUGGUCAAAUCAACGGUGUAGGUUGAAUUGUCCAUAAUGUCUUAGCCACGUUCAGUUUAUGCUAUAUCCAGGGGCUUAUGUGAGCCUUCAAUUCAUAGAGAACUUUAAGGAGAUCUUACCAGUAAUUGAAUGGGGGAAACACACGAGGGUGGUUUUGGAUGUUGGCUGUGGUGUUGCUAGCUUUGGUGGUUACUUGCUGGAUAGGGAUGUUAUUACAUUGUCAUUCGCUCCGAAGGAUGAACAUGAUGCUCAAAUUCAGUUCGCACUGGAAAGGGGAAUUCCUGCAACUCUUGCUGUAAUUUCAACCAAGAAGCUAACAUUUCCAGACAAUGCAUAUGAUAUGAUUCAUUGCGCUAGAUGCAGAAUUCGGUGGGAUGCUGAUGGUGGGAAGCCCUUAAUUGAGAUCAAUCGAAUUCUAAGGCCUGGUGGAUACUUUGUUUGGUCAGCUACUCCAGUCUAUGUGAAGGAUGAAGAACAUCAGAACAUCUGGAAAGCGACGGUUGCUUUAACUGAAUCAAUGUGCUGGAAAAUAGUUAACAAGACCUCUGUCCAUGGAACAUCAGUUGGGGUGGCUAUAUUUCAAAAGCCCACAACUCCUUCUUGCUACAAAUCACGUCAAGAAGACAAUCCGCCUCUAUGUGAUUCUAGUAAACAUGUACACAUUUCAUGGGAUGAUCCAUUGGAUGGCUGUCUUCCUCCAAUUCCAGCAGUGAGCACAGAAGACCAUUCUAACUGGCCUCUGGCUUGGCCUGAGAGGCUCAAAACAAAAUCUUCCAGUUUAUCUUCUGUAGAACCAGGCUCUGCAACCUCUUAUGAAGAGGACUCAAAUCACUGGUCGGCCCUUGUCUCAGAUGUUUAUCUCAAAAGCCUUGCUAUAAACUGGUCAAGCAUAAGAAAUGUCAUGGAUAUGAAUGCAGGCUAUGGAGGGUUCGCUGCAGCACUGAUUGAUCUACCCGUAUGGGUUAUGAAUGUGGUUCCAGUCAACGAGCCGGAUACUCUAUCAGUUGUCUUUGAUAGAGGACUCAUCGGGACAUACCACGACUGGUGUGAAUCAUUAAGCACCUACCCCCGGACAUACGAUCUGUUGCAUGCUAGUUUCCUCUUCAAAAAACAAUCUCAAAGGUGUGACGUAGUUGAUAUAGUUGUGGAAAUAGACCGGGUGGUGAGACCAGGAGGAAUUCUUAUAGUUCAAGAUAGCACUGAAGUGAUGAAGGAGUUGAUCCCUAUUCUGAGUUCCCUUAAAUGGUCAUCCACAUUACAUCAGGACGAGUUCCUUGUUGGUAGAAAGGUUUCUGGCGCCCUACAAGCUGAGGGCAACCGUUUGAAGUAAAACUAGUUUUGCCUUUGUUGAUACGAUGUUGACAAAAUGCAUUAUUUUAAUUUUUUCUUUUUUUUUUUUUAAUAGAAUGUGGCAAAAAUUAUUAUCAUUGUAUUCGAUCAAUAUAUAAGUAGUUAAUACCAUCCAUUCAUUGACAGCUCUGCAUUGAGAGUUGAAUUUUACAUCGAGAUGUAGCUUAAACAAAAGUCGAGAAGAUUGAGUAAAUGAUUCCCGAGGCUUGGCACAUGAGUUUCGCCAGACAAUUAUAAAUUUACUACUAUAUCUAUCCAAAAGUUUUCGUUUAUCACAUCUAUUGUAGUUGAUACAUUUUGCUAACAUCUUUUCUAAUCAAGGCUGUUAUUAAGAUCGAA